AUGACGGUACACACCAUUCUUCUGAUUCAAAAGACAAACAGCCGUAGUACUCGAACUUGGUUUGAUUACUCUACAGUCGCGUUGGCAACAGAAGCGAUCAUCGCGAUGCACGAAGCUCGAUUAACCGAACAAUAUCCGAAUCUCUCACAUAUAAAUUAUUCCGUCGAUCAAUUAUUAUCCUUUAUUGAUGAGCAUCAAGAAUUCCACGCGCUUGUGUAUGACCAGAACUUAAAAGCAUACAUGCCGCGUGAUCGAAAUUGGGUCAAGGAAAAAGUUGUGGGUCAUUUACGUAGGAAUUUACAGCAACAGAACUCGAUGGAAUUAGAUCAACCAACCAAGGAAAAAUUAUAG